AUGUCCUUCCGUGUCCCCACGUCCCUCUGCGUCCCCGUAUGUCCCAUGUCCAUCUAUGUCCUCAUGUCCUUCUGUGUCCCCAUGUCCCUGCAACCCCAGGUCUGUGUCCCUAUAAUCCCCCUGUCCCCCUGUGUCCCCAUAUCCUUCACGUCCCUCUGUGUCCCCUUGUCCCUCUGUGUCCCC